AUGACGAUGGUGUUAAAUCAUAUUAAAAAAAGUAAUAUAUAUAUACCUGGAGUUAUUAAUCAAAAGAUAUUAGGAAAUUUAAAUAGAGGUAAUGUAAAUUAUUCAAAAGAGUUAAUUAAGAAUAAAAAUGUAAAUGAAGAGAAGAAUUUGCAAAAUAUAAACGAAAACUUAGAUAUAGAAAAUAUUGAUUAUAAAUAUUCCCCAUAUUUGAAGCCAUUAGAAAUAAAAGGUAUAAAAAGAGCUGACAGAAAGUUAGAUUAUAAUAGUAGUUAUAGUUUCAUGGUUGCACAAAAAGAUUUUAGAGAAAAUUUAAAAAAGCAAAAUAUAUUUACAAAAUAUUUAUACAAUGGAAUGAAAAUACCUUUACCACCCAAGAAAUAUAAACUUUCACAAUAUAUUGACGUUAGAUUAGAUAUGUUUUCUCCUUUAAUCAUUUCCUUUAUUUUAUCUGUGCCAUUUUUUAUUGCCAGUAAUAUGUAA